AUGGCUGUGCCUACCCAGGUGCUCCCCUCAUGGCUCACCCUUUCUACUACCGUCGUCACUCUCCCCGACGGCGUUGUCUCGACAUCGUCCACUACCUUGCAAUUGCCAUUGACCUACUUCGGUCCAAGCAUCCCGCUAGGUACCGACGGAGUGUGGACUUGGGGCGGUUUGACCCCGCCGCCAUCGACGAUUUCUGCUUCCACCACUACUACUGCGACACCUACCUCAUCAUCUCCCAGCUCCGCCAUAACUUCUGCUCCCUCCACCUCCACCACACUAUCCCCGACAUCUGCAUCAAGCACACCCUCUUCUUCUAUCCUAAGCGCCACCUCGUCGACGGCCUCGUCAACGUCGACUAUACCAACAGCAUCUCCAGCAGCAGGAUCUUCCCAUGGCAUCUCACCAAGCACCCUCGGCGCGAUUCUGGGCAGCAUCCUGGGAACCCUUCUUCUUCUCGUCCUCAUCGCCAUCAUCUUCCUCCUUCGUCAGACUCGCAAGCGCCGUCAGGUUGACCCCCAAGACCCUUCGUCUAGUUUCUGGAAUCGCUCGACAACGUUGAUGUCUAUGCGCCGUAGUCAACAGCCGAUCUGGACAGGAUGGGAUAUCGUCGAGCCCCGGGACUUGGAGCCGAGCCCUCCUCGGUCCCCUGGAGAAGGUUCUCCACGGGAAAGCGGCGACGAGGAGGAUCCCUUCCUCACACGAGGCAGUAUCCGUAGUGGUACUGAGGCCGGCCACACCCGCACUGACACGGAUACUCUCGUCAGUCUUCCCGCGAUCGCACGAACGGGGACGGUGUCGUCCUAUCGCUCCAAGGCCAGGCCGGGUGAGCCCAUCAUCCCUCGCGAUGUUCAGCUGCGCAUGGGAGAAGAGAUGGCGGACGCGCCCCCUUACCCUAGCAUUCGUAUGGUCGAGCGUCGGCCGUCGACCGACGUCGAGUCCCCGCUGCUGCCCCCACGCCCUAUUGACCCCGACAGUCUGGGCGUGGCUGCGCGCCGCGCUUCUAACCCAUCGCUUGGAUCAGAGAAGCGAUCCAUUAUGUCGGACAAGUCGCUGGGUAGCCUCGAUCUGCAGGAGGCUGAGGGCGCCGAGAUGCUCACGGCUAGGCGGGUGAAGGUCGCGCAGAUCCAGCCCGGGACCGUUGGCGCGAGCACGAGCGCCGCGGCCCCGAACGUCCUUGGGCUUGACCGUCUCGCUAACCUCGGACGGCUGAGCUGGUUCAGGCGCAUGUCGUUCCUGGGGACUCCCGCCGGCUCGCAGCUUGGUACCCACAGCGAACAGGAAGGGGAGCCGUCCGAUACGUAUACCCGGACGCCCCCACGCCACUCCCGUCACGGCUCACGGUCUCGCCCCGGUUCUCAGUCGCGUCCUGCGUCGUUCCGCAUUUCGACGCACGAGCCGACCAGCCCGACUACUGACAGCUUUGGGCGCAGGAUUAGGCAACAGGAUGCUGGGCUUGGGUUCGGCAUGGGCGGAGAGCGGCCUAUCUCGAGCGUCAGCGCGGUGAGUGAGGCGAGCGGCAACACGGUGUUCUUCGACGCUCGCUCGCGGCCGGGGAGCUCUUUGGGCACCCGCACGACGCAAGGCUCUGGCCCCGCGAGCGUGCCUCCCGUCCCCCCAAUGCCUGCCGCUUAUCCUGCGCAGCCGUCGCCGCUACAGCGCGAGGUCCGCCGGUCUGGGUCUGGGUCUCCUGGGGAUAGCCACGGACACUUCGCCGGGGACAGCCCGCCAACUUAUGAGGCCGCGACGCGCCCGCAGUCGGUGGCAGUGGAGUACUCGGACAUCGAUGUUCUGGACAUGCCUGCUCCGCGCCCGGCUUCGCCGUUUAGCGCCGCUUCUGGAUCGCGUAGUAGCCCGCCCGGUCUUCCGGAUAUCAGCGUGUGGAGGAACUCGAUCGUGAGCAGCACUGCAGGCCCCGCGACGAUAGCAACAGAUAGCACCUCGCGUGUGGACGUGCUCGACGAUGCGCCGCCUUCGGCUGAUAACGGGUGGUCGAGCUUGUCUGGUGGCGGGAGACACGAAGGCAGGAGGUUGACUUUUGGUGUGUGCUACCGCUUCGUAUUAACUCAGCCUCGAGACGCGCUUCAAUCAGAGCGCGGCUCGUUACAUUCGAUGCGGUCGCACCUGAGCCCACACUCGUCCCAUAGUCCCUCCGGCUCCGCUGCAGCGUCCUCCCGGCAUACCCUGACCGGCUCGAACUCCUCGCGACCCUCGGGAUCGAGCAACUCGCACUCAAGACGGCCGACGGGCAGCAGCGGACAGUCUCUCGCGCACACUAACUCGAUCUCCUUUGACGACCAUCGCCCAGGGCGGCGGCAUGGAGAUGUCGGAGAGGUUGCCCCGCCACUGUCGGCGGUCUUCAGCCGCGGCUUCCCCGGCACGAUAUCACCCCCUCCGCCCAGAAGCAAUGGCCACCCCGACGACGUUGUUACCCCGGAUCCAGCGUAUCCUCCUGGCGUGCCGCUUCCCAUCUCCGUCCCGACCCCGAGUGCGACGGUGUCGGGGACGGUGACGUCGAGGACGACGACGGAGGAUAGCUUGACGGACUUGAGCGUGACGACGACGCAGACGGACCCUAUCACGGGCGCGGUCGUGCACUUGCCGAGGCUGCCUUGGCGCAGUGGCGCGGAGGCGCCCUGGGGCGAGAGGCCUGUUCGUGAAGAUACGAUGUGGUAA